CGUGUUCUGUGUCUUCGCACCGCCCAGACGGAUUCACCAAAACCAGCUAUUUCUCCUUCUCUCUCCAACUUUCUUCUUUUUAAAUCCCAGAUUUCUCUCAUUUGCUCGCAAUCCAACCAGCUUCUUCAAGCUCAGCAAUGGCGUCCUCUGUUCCCACUGCCACUGCCUCUGCUGUCACCAAGGCCGCCAAUCACACCGCCGCCGCGCCCGCCGUGCUCGCUUACCCCCACUCGCGCUGCUCUCGCUCCAGAGUAUUUUUUCCUCGUAAGCCUGGUCUCCGAUUCUCUGCCAAGGGUUUGCAGUCUAGAUUGAUACGUUCCCCCGUGGUGAAAGCCCAAUUGAAUGAGCCAUCUGUUGCAUUCAAGGUUGUCGAUGAAUCACCUACACCAGCCAAAUCAGAUGCACCAGUAGUGGAAGCAAAGGAUGUUAAGUCAUCAAACAAACCUUCGCCUGCAGCUUUGGCUUCUGAGGAAUCAAUCUCUGAGUUCAUUACUCAAGUUGCAAGUCUUGUGAAGCUUGUUGAUUCCAGGGAUAUUGUGGAGUUGCAGAUGAAACAGCUUGACUGUGAACUAAUAAUUCGUAAAAAGGAGGCCAUGCCCCAACCACCAUCAGCUGCUCCUGUUGUUAUGAUGCAUUCCCCUCCCCCAGCAGCAGUUGCACCAGUAGGCGCACCUGCAGCUGUUCCUGCGCCUUCUGCCCCAGCUUCUUCAGCCCCAACAACAGUACCUUCUGCACCUGCUGCCAAGUCAACCAAUUCAUCGCACCCACGUCUUAAAAGCCCCAUGGCAGGCACAUUCUACCGAAGCCCAGCACCCAAUGAACCGCCAUUUGUGAAGGUUGGGGACAAAGUACAGAAAGGAAAAGUCUUGUGCAUCAUUGAGGCCAUGAAAUUGAUGAAUGAGAUAGAAGCUGAUCAAUCAGGAACAAUAGUCGAGAUCCUUGCAGAUGACGGCAAGUCUGUCAGCAUUGACACACCUCUUUUUGCGAUCGAGCCUUGAAGGUCUGGCAGUUGGGUAGGCAAGUUGUUGGUCGAGACGAGAGGAGAGUAGCCGAAGGCAGGUGCUUAUAGUGGUAAUAGCGUGAGAUGCGGCUUUGUUUUAUUGUGGUUAGAAUGUUUUGCUUUAUGAGAUAGUAGGUAUAGAAUGGACAUGAGAAUAUUGGCUUAGAUGAAUCCUUGACCCCAUUGGGAACUUUUUUUUUUUUUUUUUCAAUUUUUUUCCUUUCCUUUUUUCGGUAUCUGGAUGAUGCUUAACCUAAACUAGUAUUUAAUAAUUGAGUGCCCAAUUGUUUCAUAUCUAA